UCAAAAUGGCGGCUGCUUCUUCUUCUCGAUUAUUUUUCAGGAUAUCAAGAUCUGCUUGUUGCUGUACUCGCUUGUUGAGCACAAACCAGGGUUUACAAGCUGGUCAAAAAUGGCGAAUAAGGCAAGGCCAAGCUCCUGAUGGUUUGAGAUAUGGACCAUUGACUGAUCUACCAGACUGGUCAUAUUCAGAUGRAAGACCUGCCCCAGAGACACAACGUAGAAGAAAACGAAUGCAAAAUCGACUAGAUGUUGCUCAACGAGUUGCUCAACUACUAUCAGAAGUAGAAGAGGCGAAGAACAAUUCAAAUGACAAGAAGCCAGAAGUAGAAGAGGCCAAAAACAAUUCAAAUGACAAAAUGUAAUAGAGAAUAUCAAUUGU